AUGGGUGCUUGGGGGCUUUCGCUCUUCCAAAGCGACCUGGACUACGACCUCAUCGGAGAUCUGAACCUCCAGCUCGGGCUCAAAGACCUCGAGGAGGCCGACGGCAAGCCGCGAAUGCCAGACAUCAGUCCUGCCGAGCGGCGCCAGAAAGAGAAUGCCAAAGUAGCCGAACACUCCAAGAAAGACAUGCAGGGCGUCAAGCGAUUCCAAUCCCCCAAGACUCCGAAGCAGGACCCCAAGGAGAUCUCCUACUCGGUCUACGCGAAGCUGUGUUCUGAUCUUGAGAGGGUUCGAACGUUCCUCGACGACGGCGCGCUCGCGAAAGGCAUGAAGUACUACAUUGACUGGAUUGCCAAAGCCAAGAAGAGACAUCUCCACGACCCGUACGGACCUGGAUACUACGUCUGCUUGCUCGGAGCUUGCGCGAUGACUCUGGGAGCGAAGAUCACGGACGAGCAGAGAGAUGCCAUGCGGAAGCGGUACGACAACGCAUCGUUCAUGCGUGGUGCUGUGGCCCAGUUAGAGAAGGCCAUUGAGGGCUAUGUCAACGGCGUGCCGUGGGAGUUCGACAGCAAGGGCCUUCAGGAUACCCAGCUGACUGGAGGCGUGGCGGACGAGGACGACUUGCUCUUCCCUGGCACAGGCAUGAUCAAUGUCCGGGCACCAGAUCAUGGCAGGGGCAGAGAGGAGAUGGACAUGUGGAAAGUCAUGGUCACGGCCCAGAUCACCAUCAAAGGUAUGAAGCCCACUCCAGACCAACUCGCCAAGUGCAUGGAAAGCCUCAGCGUCAACCCCUAUCUCGAAAAAGACCUCUCCGACGAAGGCGAGUGGCUCGAAGCGUUCUGCGGAAACUGCGGCGCCGAGGAGCGGGAGAAUGGCGAGCCGCUGCUGGAAUGCACUAAAUGCAAGAAGCAGAAGUACUGUUCUCGCCAGUGCCAGAGAAAAGACUUGAAGGACCAUAAGAAGCGCUGCAAAGUCGAGCAUCCGAACCAUGUUUGCGACGCCUGUGGGGCGAAGACGGCGAAGGAUGGCGAGCCGCUGUUGGAGUGCAGUAAGUGCAAGGUGCGGAAGUAUUGCUCUCGUCAGUGCCAGAAAGAUGACUGGAAGACACACAAGACGGUGUGCAAGGUCGCAUAA